AAUCAUGUGUUCGGGUUCGCCAAGGUUGAGUUUUGCUGAGGCGAAGAAGAUGCACCGCCUCUUCACCGCUUUUGUCAGUGCCAGUUAAUCAAGAUUAUAGCCCUCUCUGCCGAAAAUGUGGACUAGGAGUGUAAUUAGAACAUAACCAUCUAGAAUUUAUUCCGGAGAAACCAUGUUAGUGCAUAAAGACUUGCUGGCGAGAGCCCUCAAAUCUCCCCCUUAAAGCUGUUGCUGUGAUAAUAAUUUUCCUCUCUUGCUUUAAUUUACAUUUAAGAAACAGACUUUAAAUCGAGAGAAAUGUUUAGGAGUCGAAGUUGGUUUGGUGGCGGACUGUGGAAGCCAAAAAACCCGCAUUCCUUGGAACAUUUGAAGUAUCUCUACAAUGUUCUUUCAAAAAAUCAAACGGUCUCCGAAAACAACCGUGGGCUUUUGGUCGAAACUCUGAGGUCCAUAGCAGAAAUUUUGAUUUGGGGCGACCAGAACGAUGGCAGCGUAUUUGACUUUUUCCUCGAGAAAAACAUGCUGUCCUUUUUUCUGAAGAUCAUGAAGCAGAAAUGUGGGAGUUACGUGUGCGUCCAACUUCUGCAAACUCUAAAUAUUUUGUUCGAGAACAUCCGCAACGAAACGUCACUAUAUUAUCUUCUCAGCAACAAUCACGUCAACUCCAUAAUCGUGCACAAAUUUGACUUCUCGGACGAGGAGGUCAUGGCUUACUACAUUUCGUUCCUCAAAACACUUUCCUUCAAACUGAAUACUCACACUAUUCACUUCUUCUACAAUGAGCACACAAACGAUUUUCCCCUCUACACGGAAGCCAUUAAGUUUUUCAACCAUUCUGAGAGCAUGGUUAGAAUAGCCGUGAGGACCUUGACCUUAAAUGUUUACCGUGUGGAUGACAAAUCAAUGUUGAAAUUCAUUGGAGACCGAACAGCCGCCCCUUACUUCUCCAAUCUGGUCUGGUUCAUCGGCAACCACGUUCUCGAACUCGACAACUGUGUUCGAAAUGAUGCAGACCACCAAAGUAAGGGGAAGUUGGCCGACCUCGUUGCGGAGCACCUGGACCACCUCCAUUACCUGAAUGAUAUACUUUGCCUGGAGAUAGGCGACCUGAACUGUGUUUUGACUGACCAGCUGUUACAUCGACUUUUAAUGCCCUUGUAUGUCCUUUCCCUGGCGCCCCGGAGCAAUUCGACGCAGGAAUCUAUCCAGGGGAGACCGUAUGUGAGCAGAGUUGUGGCUUUGUUUCUCCUCUCCCAAGUUUUUCUCAUCAUCACUCACGCGCCUCUGGUGCACACCCUGGCUUGGAUCAUUCUGAGUGCUGACAGCGAAGCCAUCUCGGACGACGACCAGGCCCACAAACUGACUGCCCUUGCCCAGUCGAGUAUUCCCUCCAGUAUUCCUAAACUUGAGCCCCCUCCAAAACCCACCGCAAUUGUAGAACAAGAGCUUUCCUACGAAGAGAAAAAAGCCAUUGUAUGGAAAAAGUCUCACGCACCCUCAGACGAGCCAAGUGCAGAAAUCACAAGCACUGAUGAGGGCAACGCUGAAGGAGGCAGCUCGUCUCAAGAAGGCAGUCCAGGUAGUUUGUUGAAUAUCACGGACGAGGAGAAAGAGAAACGCAGAGCUUUGAACUCAAAAGGUGUUUCUCUAGUGGGCCGCCCGUUUCUGGAGGCUAUUUUUGGAGCCCUCGACUGUUCAGAGAACGACUUCGUCGCGCUUUUCGCCCUGUGCUUGCUCUACUCCAUGGGCCAUAACAAAGGGGUCAACGAAGGACUUUUGGACAAGGUCUUAUUCCCUGCCAAGAAUUCACAGCACUGGUACAACGGAAAUUUAAUUGAGAGACUAAUACAUAUCAUAAGUUUGAGUUGCCAAAUGAAUUCUAAAGUGCGUUUGGUUUCUCUUGAGAUGAGUAUUGGUCUGCUGCAGCAGCUUGUGCUCAGGGAUAAUCACAGUUUUCUCCACGAUGGUCACUUGGCUGCGAUUGAAGGGGCUCGAGAGGAAAGUACGGGGCAGUUGCGAACUUUUUACAAGAGUGAUGAAAUUUUUCUGGACAUGUUUGAGGAGGAGUGCCAUGAAAGAAAGAAAGGUCCGUUGAACGUAGAGUGGCUGAUGAUGGACUCGAACAUUUUGCUUCCUCCAACUGGCACCCCAAUGACUGGAAUAGAGUUUAGCAAGCGUCUUCCUUGUGGAGAGGGAGAACGGACUCGUCGCACCAUUAGGGCGUUUUUGCUUGUACGAGAAUUGUCUCAGUCCCUCGGAAUGGGUUCCGAAAGUCACCUGCCUCUCACCAACCCCUCGUCUUGUGUGCAAGUGGACCAAGUCUUGGACCUCAGUACGUGUCUUCCAUACAAUAGUGAUCUGAUUGCCUGCACUGUGGUGACAAAAGAUGGGCAGAAAAUUAGGCGGUUUUUGGUCAUUGACGUCCUUCAGCUGAUUUUGGUCGAGCCAGACACGAGAAGACUAGGCUGGGGGGUUGCAAAAUUUGUUGGCUUCCUGCAGGAUUUGGAAGUGACGGGUGACAAGGAUGACUCGAGGUGCUUGCACAUCAUAGUUCAUCGACCCCUCUCCUCAAAUACUCCAAACAGACUGCCCCUUCUCUCAGCCAAAUUUGUUUUUGAUGAUCACAUUCGUUGCAUGGCUGCUAAGCAAAGGCUGACAAAGGGAAGAAACAAAGCAAGACAAAAGAAAAUGCAGCAGAUUGCAAGACUGUUGGAUAUUCCUGCUAACCAAACAACUCCCUCCCCUCCCACAUACUCUCUCCAAUCGAUGCGACUUCAAGAAAGAGCUAGUAGAAGUUUGCUUGGCCCAAGCCGUCCAAUGUUUUCCACUGCCAUUAAAGCGCCAGGAUUUGCUGCAGCUGUGCGGAGAGAAGAAAGUGGCAGGAACUCGAGGAAUUCGUCUCCUUCUUCUAGAGGCUCGUCAGAAAACGCAGGAUCGAGGUCGAGGGACGGGUCACCAAAAAUGCCAAGGCCCCGAAGUGAGGAGAUUCCUCUGGAAGACAUAAUUUCCUCAUCUCAAGAAGGUGCAAGUUCGACUCUCCCGCAGCUGGACCCCACAAGUCAGCCAAACACCCCAAUCAACACUGGCUCAAGUCAACAAAGCCAGGUUGGCAGAGGUGCAACAAGGAGACGCCACAUGGAAGCGUCGCGAAGGUUGCUCUCCCCUUCGCCGAGACGCGCCAGCGAGUCCCCUUCAAGACUGGCCCAAGCGCCGGAAAGGAGCUCAAGCCCCUUAAACACCCCAAGUGCAACCCCUCCCGUUCCAAGCUCACACCCUGAAACAGAGACCUCCUUCAUGGAGUUGCCACUCAACCCUGGUGAUCAAAACGGCAACCCAUGCGAAAGAAGUGAGUCGACCGAGAGGAAAAAGAAAAAGGGCACUGUUGAAAUUAUCUGAGUUUUGUCAUGCAAAAAAUAAAAAAUAAACCGUUAUAUUGUUUUCUAAA